AUGGUGCAGAAUCAUCUAACAGAUACUCUAGUGAAACCAACUGCUAAAAGAAUAAGAAGGAAAAGACCCACAGAGAGUGGUCCCGAACAUGAGUUGUCGAAAAUUCGUAAGCAAAUUAAAUACUGUUUCAGUCGGAUAAGCUAUCAACAGACUUUUCUUGAAGCAUAUACACGUAAAGGCUGGAAAAAUCAAAGUGUGGAAAAGAUAAGGCCCGAGAAGGAUCUUGAACGGGCCAAGAAGGAUAUCAUGCGGUACAAACUAAAAAUACGAGAAGCUUUCCAGAAUCUUGAUCAUCUUCUAACUGUGGGGAAGCCCGAGGAAUGUUUGCUUGAUUCUGAAGGAAAUAUAUCUUCGGAUGAUAUUUUUUGUGCCACUUGUAGUUUAAAAGAAGAUACAUUGGAUAAUGACAUCAUUCUCUGUGAUGGAGCCUGCAAAAGAGGGUUCCACCAGAAUUGUCUAAACCCUCCUUUACUGACUAAAGAUAUCCCCGAGGGAGAGGAAAAAUGGCAUUGCCCUGCAUGUGUUUGCAAGAUAGACUGUAUAGAAUCAAUAAAUAAAUUCCGAGGGACAUCAGAUCUUUCAAUUAGUGACUCUUGGCAGAAAGUUUUUUCUGAGGCUGCUGCCAUGGCACACGGGCCUAUGCAAAGUGAUGUACCUGAUCUUCCAUCGGACGAUUCAGAAGAUGAUGACUUCGACCCCAAUAUAUCCGAAGAACAUGUGGCUUGUCAUGUGGAAGGAUCAUCAGAAGAGGAUGGGGAUGAAGGUUCAUACUCUGAUGACUCCAAUUCCAUCACCUCUUCUGACAAUUUAGAACAUCUGAAGGAGGGAGAGAAAGUUGAUGACCUUGGAUUACCUUCUGAUGACUCGGAGGACGAUGACUAUGAUCCAGCAGGGCCAGAUUCUGAUGAAGAUAUCAAAGAGAAGCAAGAUGAGUCAGACUUCACAUCGGACUCUGAUGAUUUCUGUGCUGACAUUGUGAAGUCUUGUCAUAUGGAGGAAGUUUCGUCUGGUCAUAAGGCUGGAGAUCAUACUAAUGACUUGGAAGGGGCCCCUGUUGGACCUAACACAUCAAUGUCACAUCUCACAACCAAGGACAUUGAGAUCGACCAGGAUGCGAUUUUACCAUCAAGGAGACGGCAGGUUAAACCAUUGGACUACAAAAAACUUUAUGAUGAUGCUUAUGGGGAAGCACCAUCUGAUUCAAGCGAUGGUGAAGACUGGUCUGGGAAGAGCACACUCAAAGAAGACAGUGAAGAAGAAAAUGAAGUGGAUUCAUUUGUACACAAAAGCUCCGGGAGAACGCGAGAUGUGCAUCGUGACGGUUUUCAUGGUUUUGUAAAUGAUCAACACUCCAGGGGGCUGACCUCUGGUCCUGAAGUGGACCAUGUUGUUUUACCUGUUUCAGCGAGACAGCACAUUCAGUCUCCGGAAAGCGAAAAACUCUACGCUGUACCCUGA